AAAGAAAUACGCUGGUGUGAUAGAAACCCUAACCUAAUUCAUGAAGUCCUAGCCCUAAUCCAUACCGAGUGCCUUCAUAGGAAGAUAUCUGUAUGUUGAAGGGAACGGAAAGGAAAGAAAGAUGACAUUCACCAGUCUGGUUCUUCAAAAACUACUGGCAACAAAUGCACAUCUGGGCCGUCGUGUAGCAUCCCGCCAUUCUGAAGUGUAUGUCUAUGGCUUCCGCAACGAAGUGGCGAUUCUCGACUCAGACAAAACCCUCAUCUGCAUGCGUAAUGCACUUCAUUUUCUGGGAUCCCUCUUUCGUGAAAAUGGCCGCGUCUUAAUCGUCAACUCAAAUUCUUUAUUAGAUGAGAUAACAAAACAGACUGCUGCGAAACUAGGCAGAAACUGUCUGAACGACGCACAAUUGAUGAAUUUAUUGUCCUCGUCCACGAAAAGAAGGAUUCGCUUGUCGAAUACGAGAAAAGCAGGCGGCAGAUCCAUUAUAGGAGGCGUGCCUGCGCUGAGGCCAGAUUGCGUAGUGGCAAUGAAUGCAGAGAGGGAGUCUUCUGCUAUUAUUGAAGCUGCGAGGAACAAGAUACCUGUAGUGUCUCUGAUCGAGUCCGAUAUUUCCUUGGGGUUGUAUAAAAGAAUUACUUAUCCCGUUCCGGCGAACGAUUCUGUACAGUUCGUCUACUUAUUUUGCAAUUUGAUCGCCAAAACCUGGUCCUAUUGCCUCGUUUGGCAUUGCUCCAUCAAGUUAGUUGAAUGCGUUGUUUUGCUCUUUCUUCUAUUAUAUGCUAUUCCUCACCAACUUAGCUCAUGCUGUGAUUUUCUCAUACCCAUCGCAUAAUCAGCUGUCCUGCGAGUUGAAUCUGGUUCGUGUUAGAGUGAUACUUUUAUUACUUGAACUUGUCCCAUUUGUAAUCGAUACCAACAUCAUCACUAUUUAGAUACCUUGCCCAUCUGAUUGCUAAAACCUUGUAAGCAUCUUCUUUUUUGUCGGUAAGAAUGACAAGUAUUUUUUAUUAACAUUUACGUUGGUGUGUAUCAGCUUCUACCUGCUGCUAUACAUAGCCUAAGCCUAACCAUGGUUUUCUUCGUAAACAAUUGACAUUGUUGGCGAUGCAUGAAAUGCUGUAACACUAGGUAUUUUUUUUUUUUAAAUUACGAUUUCAUUAAAUUUUUGGAACUUAAUUUUAUUAUUCUUUUUCUGGUUGGCCUUUUGAAAGCUUUCUAGUAUCAAAUAUAGCGUUCGCUUUUACUAUUCACUUUGAUGGAUAAUGGUGGAUAGUGAAACAUCCUUAAUGCUGAGCUAACUGUAACCCUUGUUUUCAUCUUUUGUUUGAGUGAAACGAUCUAGUCCAUUGUUAAUGCUCAAUGAAAUGCCAUUACAUUUUGUGUAUAUGUUGUGAAGUACGGGUUACUAAAACCUGGUAAACUAUCGUUUCUCUUGAAUUAAAAGGUAACAAUGAAAGUGUUAGGCUACUGUGACAUGAUGAAUGUUUCUGGGAGUGGUUUAAUUUAUUUUGAGUAGACAAUCUUUAAAAAAAUUAUAGGAUAAAACAAAUAACAUUCUUUGAAAUUCGUAAGAGAGCUAACAAAUCCAUUGUUAAUUCAUAAAUUAUCUAUAUGAAAUGACUUUGGUUUGCUUUUAUUUAAAGUAAUCAUUUAAUCCCAAAAUGCACCUUUUCUGUAUCAAAAUGCAUAUUUGUGAUCAUGUGCUUCUUAUUUCAGGCUAUAAGCUGUUUUAUACCAAGAUGUAUUUUUCGAAUUUUUUUUUCACUUUUGUCGCUCUGCAUUCUCCAGUUGAUUCAUGUCUGUUUAACCAAUGGAAUGUAACUAUGGCAAACGUGCAGUACGUUUCAUUUUUCAGAAAUCAGCCCUCAUUUGGCUUUAAUGUUUAAGUUUAUUCUUUAAUUCUAAAAAUUUGAUUGUGUAAAUUGUUGCACGGUGGCAUUCUCGAAGCUCUGUCAGAUUCCAUAAUUCCAAGUUGCUUCUUCAUUGUAUGUGAUGUGUAUCUUUCUAAGUCAAUGCAUGCUAACCCAUUCUAAACGUGUUCUACUAUGCAAAUUUUUUUUUCCCUGUUGAUGUUUGUUCUAUGCCUUUGUAUUUUGUUAAUAAUAUGAUAAUUGUACCUUUCAAUAUGUGUUUAAUUGAUGAUAUUUAAAUAAGGUCAGUUUUGUCUAAAGCGUCUUUAUUACUUGCUUUGAAUUGCUGGAGAAUUUGUACUAUUAGACAACUGUAGUUCAAUGUCAUAUCUGUAUGUUUUAAUCAUUCUGGGUAGGUCAAAUUCUGUAUAAUAAGCUGUUUGAAGUUUUACAGCUCUAGGUCCUUAAUUCAAUCGGUGUAUGUAAUGUAUAAAUUUUUUCACUUACAUGCAUCUUAUGUUAGACUAUAAUCUCACUGGGGUUUAUCUGCAUGAAGUGGAUGCUAGUGCAAAUGGAUUAUGAUGAAUGAAGUUCUUUAUCCAACACUUGGACUGACUUGCAUGUGAUGGAUCCAAAAACUUUAUAUCUGAAUCCUCAGAUAUGUCAAUAAAUUUGGGGUACUUACAUAGUGAAUCAACUCUAAUUUUCGACACUAUCUAUAAUUUAAUCGUUUGUGUUGGUACGUUUAGUGUUUGUUUACAAUACACUAUUGUCAAUGAUGGACAUGCCUGUUAGACUGAAAGGUCGUUGAUUUUCAUAUUUAUGUAUUCUUAUGUAUAUACCACUAGGGCAUGUAGAUUCCGAUGAAUGAUGUUUUUUACUCAACUCUUGGACUUAGUUGUGGGUGAUUGAUCUAGAUUCUGUCUGAGCCCAUGUAUAUGCUAAUGGUUGAAGGGUACUUUAGAUGGUUCAUCACUAGAGGAAACAAAACAUUAUCUUAGGACACCUUCUUACACAGUCGCAAAGCUGUGGGAUGUGACAUACUUGAAUCUGAUGAUGAUUGUUAUUUUGCUGUAUAGUUUUUCUUUUUUGGUGAUGAUCUAAUUUUUAUGUCUGAAUUAAGCAUUCAUAGAUCCAUGUUAUUAGGGUGCAUUUAGUUAUGUAUGGUUCAUCAAAUGAGGAAAUGGAACAUUAUCUUAGGACACCUUCUUACAUAGCCUCAGAGCUGUGGAUGAGAGAUACUUGAAUCUGAUGAUGAAUGCUCUUCUUUGAUGAAUAUUUCUUUCAAGUUAUUAUAUAAUUUUAUGUUGGAAUUCACAGAUAUGCAAUUGUUUGUAUGGUGUUCUAUGGUUUGUUCAUCAAAUGAGGAAAUGGAACAUUAUCUUAGGACACCUUCUUACAUUGCCUCAGAGCUGUGGAUGAGAGAUGCUUGAAUCUGAUGAUGAAUGCUCUUCUCUGAUGAAUAUUUCUUUCAAGUUAUGAUAUAAUUUUAUGUUGGAAUUCACAGAUAUGCAAGUGUUUGUAGAGUGUUCUAUGGUUCGUUCAUCAAAUGAGGAAACAACAUUAUCUUAGGACACCUUCUUACACAGCCUUAGAGCUGUGGAUGAGAGAUACUUGAAUCUGAUGAUGAAUGCUCCUCUCUGAUGAAUAUUUCUUUCAAGUUAUGAUAUAAUUUUAUGUUGGAAUUCACAGAUAUGCAAGUGUUUGUAGAGUGUUCUAUGGUUCGUUCAUCAAAUGAGGAAACAAAACACUAUCUUAGGACACCUUCUUACACAGCCUCAGAGCUGUGGAUGAGAGAUACUUAAAUCUGAUGAUGAAUGCUCCUCUGAUGAAUAUUUCUUUCAAGUUAUGAUAUAAUUUAAUGUUGGAAUUCACAGAUAUGCAAGUGUUUGUAGAGUGUUCUAUGGUUUGUUCAUCAAAUGAAGAAACAAAACAUUAUCUUAGGACACCUUCUUACACAGCCUCAAAGCUGUGGAUGAGAGAUACUUGAAUCUGAUGAUGAAUGUUUUCCUAUGACGAAUUUUUCUUCUCAGGUCAGAAUCUUAACUUAAUGUAAGAAUUCAUGGAUAUAUAGUUCUUGUAGGGUGCUUACAGAUAGUUCAUCAAACGAGGAAAUUUAACACUAUCUUAGGACACCUCCUUACACAGCCCUAAAGCUGUGGAUGAGAGAUAUUUGGAUCUGAUGAUGAACAAUCUUUUCUUUAUGUUGAUUUUUUCUUUUCGGUUGUAGAUGUUAACAAUAGCUUUAAGAUUGCAUAUUUCGUUUACUUGUUCUUCAAGUUCCACUGUCUCUAUAUUUGAACCACAAUUAGCAUGUUUCAGUAGCUAGUGUUUCAAAAUUGACUUUUCUUUGGAGUGGAAGUCUAUUUAUUUGAGCCUCAACUGAUCUUGUGUAGAGGUAUUCUAGAUAUAAUGUAAAAUCAAAAUGUGUAUUAUUGAUGAUGCUAUUUGUUUUAUUUUAUAUGAUAAAUCGGGGUAUUGAUUUUAACAAUUUCAGUUGUGUUUGGUCUUUUGUCUUUGGGGCAAAUGUUAUCAAUGGUGAUUUGGUGUUUUCUAAGUGUUUUAUCUGAGGGUAAUGAUGACAUUUGAAAAAAACCUAGUGUUUGUCAAUGCAAA